UCCCUUUCCGGGUGCGGGUCCCCGGGUGGAGCGGCGGGACGGCGCGGCGGCGGCGGCAGCGGGCGGGCGCGGGGCGCGUGUCAUGGCGGAGCUGGCGCAGGGGCAGAGCGCGGCGCCCGUGGGAAUUAAGCCCGAGGGCUUCGUCGAUGCCCUGCACCGGGUCCGGCAGAUUGCUGCUAAAAUUGGAGAUAUUCCUCACUUGAAUAAUUCUACAACACUCGUGGACCCGUCAGUUUACGGUUAUGGAGUGCAGAAACGGCCCCUUGAUGAUGGAGGUCUCCGUGUAAGUGGGCUCCAUGGAGCACAGAUAAGAGAUACAGAGAGAAUAGGUAACCAGUUAGGGGCCCUGGUACAUCAAAGGGCUGUAAUAACAGAAGAUUUCAAAGUGCCUGAUAAAAUGGUUGGAUUUAUAAUCGGCAGGGGAGGUGAGCAGAUCUCACGGAUUCAGAUCGAGUCUGGCUGCAAAAUUCAAAUUGCUCCAGACAGUGGUGGGAUGCCUGAGAGGCCCUGUGUGCUCACCGGGACGCCAGAGAGCAUUGAACAAGCAAAACGGCUACUGGGGCAGAUUGUAGAUCGCUGUCGGAACGGACCUGGUUUUCACAACGAUGUUGAUGGCAACAGUACGAUUCAGGAGAUUUUGAUCCCGGCAUCCAAAGUGGGUCUAGUCAUCGGCAAAGGAGGUGAAACAAUAAAACAGUUGCAGGAGCGAACAGGUGUGAAAAUGAUCAUGAUCCAAGAUGGUCCGAUGCCAACUGGAGCAGAUAAACCUCUCCGUAUUACUGGAGAUGCAUUUAAAGUACAGCAAGCAAGGGAAAUGGUACUGGAGAUCAUCCGAGAGAAAGAUCAGGCAGACUUCCGAGGCGUACGCAAUGAUUUCAGUUCUAGAAUGGGAGGAGGCAGCAUAGAGGUCUCUGUGCCCAGGUUUGCUGUUGGAAUUGUGAUAGGAAGAAAUGGAGAAAUGAUCAAAAAGAUUCAGAAUGAUGCUGGAGUUAGGAUUCAAUUUAAACCAGAUGAUGGGAUUAGUCCUGAAAGAGUCGCACAGGUCAUGGGGCUUCCCGAUAGGUGUCAACAUGCAGCACACAUCAUCAGUGAGCUUAUUCUCACAGCACAGGAACGAGAUGGCUUUGGAAGUUUGGCUGUCGCCCGGGGAAGAGGUCGUGGCCGUGGGGACUGGAGCGUUGGAACACCUGGGGGCAUGCAGGAAAUAACCUACACGGUGCCAGCUGACAAGUGCGGCCUUGUUAUAGGCAAAGGUGGUGAGAACAUCAAGAGCAUAAACCAGCAGUCAGGAGCCCACGUGGAGCUCCAGAGAAAUCCACCUCCAAACACAGACCCUGGUGUACGAAUAUUCACAAUCAGAGGAGUUCCCCAGCAAAUUGAACUCGCUAGACAUCUCAUAGAUGAGAAAGUUGGUGGUACCAGCAUGGGUGGACCUGGAGGAUUUGGUCAGAGUCCGUUCAACCAAGCACCCACUACACCUCAUCAAAAUGGUCCUCAGGCGUUCAUGACGCAGGGUUGGGGCAGUACCUACCAGACGUGGCAGCAGCCUGGACAGCAAGUCCCAAAUCACAGUGGUACCCAGUCAGGCCAGGUGGAGUUCACCAAGGCAUGGGAGGAUUAUUAUAAGAAACUAGGCCAACAGAGCCAGCAGCAGAACAGCCAUCCCGAUUACAGCAAAGCAUGGGAGGAGUAUUACAAAAAACAGAGUCACGCCGCCAGCGCCGCUUCUCAGGCGAGCUCCCAGCCGGACUACACGAUGGCCUGGGCGGAGUAUUACAGACAGCAGGCUGCCUACUACGGGCAGACACUAGGGCAGGCGCAGGCCCACAGCCAGGAGCAGUAGAACAACGUCCUCACAGCAAUUAUUGGUAUUUUGGUUGGGUUUUUUUUUUUUUGUUUUUUGUUUUUUGUUUUUUUUUUUCCCUCGGAAUCAUUGUGGAAGAAAACCUUUUUUGUAACAGAGGUUUCUAGAUUUGCAACGUUUUGAUGAAGACUUUUCUGUUGGUUUGUGAAACACUAGCCGUAGGAUAAUCGAUACUGAACUUUUCUAAGAAUCAGGAGCAAUGAGUAACCUACUAAACUUUUACGGACACGCUGGUCAUUUUUGUUUCUAAAUUUGUACAAAACAAACACACACAGACACACACACACACACACAAAGCUCCGGGAUGCCCUUAGGAUGAAGCCGGGGAAGCUGCCGCCCGCACCCGGAGCUCUGACAUUUCAAUGCGUGCGUGCUCUCGCUGUUCUUCGGGUGGGGUUUGCUGGGGUUUUUCUUUUUUUUUUUUU